GAGAUUCAGAAAACUGAAAGUUCCUUUAUAGCAGCAGCUUGGAAGAUUCAUAGUCGAAGCUGCACAUAGUGCUAUAACAUAUUGAGUAGUAAUUAACACUUACUAUCUUAUUCCAGCUCUGCUUCAGCAACAGAGCCUACUGAGUGUUGAAACUGAAACAGAGAUAUAUAGAUUCACUGAAAUCAUCAAAUUUUCUUCAUGUCUGACUUGGAGUUUUUUCUUUUUCUUGUUCCCCCAAUCUUUGCAGUACUUAUUAUACUUAAUCUAUUCAAAAGAAAACAGAAAUUUCCAAAUCUUCCACCAGGGGACAUGGGUUGGCCUUUUCUUGGUGAAACUAUUGGCUAUUUGAGACCUUAUUCAGCUACCACUAUUGGAGAUUUCAUGCAAGAUCACAUCUCUAAGUAUGGAAAAAUUUACAAGUCAAAUUUGUUUGGAGAGCCAACAAUAGUUUCAGCAGAUGCAGGGCUCAACAGAUACAUUCUGCAGAAUGAAGGCAGAUUAUUUGAGUGUAGUUAUCCAAGAAGCAUAGGUGGAAUUCUUGGAAAAUGGUCUAUGUUGGUUCUAGUUGGACAAAUGCAUAGAGAUAUGAGGAUGAUUUCUUUGAAUUUCUUGAGCAAUGGCAGGCUCAGGAAUCAACUUUUAAGUGAGGUUGAAAAACACACUCUUCUUGUUCUUGGCUCUUGGAAAAAAGCUUCUGUUGUUUGUGCACAAGAUGAAGCAAAGAAGUUCACAUUCAACUUCAUGGCAGAGCAUAUCAUGAGUUUACAACCUGGAAACCUAGAGACUGAGCAGCUGAAAAAAGAAUACAUCACAUUUAUGAAAGGAGUGGUUUCUGCUCCAUUGAAUUUUCCAGGAACAGCUUACAGAAAGGCCUUACAGUCUCGAUCGACUAUUCUUGGAUUUAUUGAGAGAAAAAUGGAAGAGAGGCUCCAGGAAAUGAAUGGAAGCGAAAAUGACCUGCUUGGGUGGGUUCUGAAAAAUUCCAAUCUCUCAAAGGAGCAAAUUCUUGAUUUGCUACUAAGUUUGCUCUUCGCUGGACAUGAAACUUCAUCAGUAGCCAUAGCCCUGUCUAUUUACUUCUUGGAAAACUGUCCUGCUGCUGUUCAACAACUGACAGAAGAGCACUUGGAGAUUUCCAGAGCCAAAAAGCAGUUAGGAGAAACAGAAUUGAAUUGGGAGGACUAUAAGAAAAUGGAAUUCACCCAAUGUGUUAUUAGUGAGACUCUAAGGCUUGGGAAUGUAGUGAGGUUUCUGCACAGGAAGGCUGUGAAAGAUGUACGAUAUAAAGGUUAUGACAUUCCAUGUGGAUGGAAAGUGCUGCCGGUGAUUUCAGCAGUGCAUUUAGAUCCUUCACUUUUUGGCCGACCUCACCAAUUUGAUCCGUGGAGAUGGCAGAAUAAACAAGGGUCGCCUUCAGGUGACGGAGGAAGCACGGGCACGAGCAGCACUACAAAAAGUAGUAAUAAUUUCAUGCCAUUUGGGGGAGGACCGCGUCUUUGUGCAGGAUCUGAACUCGCCAAACUUGAGAUGGCCAUUUUCAUCCACUAUCUUGUUCUUAAUUUUCACUGGAAAUUAGCUGCACCUGAUCAGGCUUUUGCCUAUCCUUACGUCGAUUUUCCUAAUGGUCUCCCUAUCACUAUCCAACAUCGUCAAAUAAACAACGACACUAAGCCUAAUUCGUAAAACAAUGUCGUGUAGGGGUAACAUUAUGUAUAAAUAAAUAAAAUAGCUGAACAAAUGAGAAAUUUUAUAGAAAAUUGCCUUUGGUCUAUUUAUUACGAAAAGGAGCUUCCUGAAUUUAACAAGAGUUAAGGAGAGGACGGUACCUAAACUGGUCAAACCAAAGCGAUGUUUUGUAAAUCUAGCUAUUUUAUCUAGGAGGUGAAGCUGCUACAGUUUUUGUUUUCAUUUUUCUGUUGCUUUAUCUCUUACUAUCUUGUUUCCUUCUUGUUUUUCUGUGUUAGUACAUAAUUUUCUGUGUAAUUAAAUACAGCAAAUUAUUCUAAUUUCCAUUUUACGCUGUGGA